UGUCACUUCACCUGUUGAUUUUUCGGGCUUACAGAACUUGCGAAAUAAAGAUAAAUUCUUCUUUAUUUACAAUAAAACUUACUUAUUGUGACAAACCUGAACCAAAAUCUAUUUAUUAUGAUCCACUGUAAACAUUGAAAAUAGGAUAUCAUAGUGCUAGUUUAGUUUAAGUGCGUUAUAAUGAUUUAUUGUUAGGUAAGUGGUUGGGUUCAUUCGUUUACAAUGUGUACGGUGCCACCGCCGCCGCCGCCGCCGCCCCCGCCGCCGCUGGUGCGCGAGCGGGCGUCCCCCGGGCACGGCAGCCCCGGGCGGGCGGCGUCCCCCGGGCAGGGCAGCCACGGGCGGGCGGCGGACGCGGUCCCGGACGGCGUGUGCGAGUGGGCGCGCGGCGAGCCGGAGCUGCGGCUGGCGUGCGCGCGGGCGCAGCUGUGCCCGCAGGCGGCGCCGCGCCGGGUGCGCUACUCGCGCGCGCCGGGCGUGCUGCAGCGCGGGCCCACGUGCGGGCUGGCGGCGCUGGCGAUGCUUGCGCGCCUGCAGCUGUCGCCCGACGCGGCGCUGGCGGCAGCGCAGGCGCGGGGGUACUCGCGGCGCGGGGAGAUGUUCAGCUGCCGCGACAUGGCGGCGCUGGCGGCCGAGCUGCUCCCGGCGGCCGGCCUGCCGCACGCGCGCGUCCAGCUCGAGACCGCGCCGCUGUACAGCGAGGAGACCGUGGAUAGGCUGCUCGCCGGAGCCAUGAUGUUGGUGCCAUACGACUCGGACCACGACCACCGGCCGGCGCUGCUGGGCGGGCGGCGCGCGCACUGGGCGCUGCUGGUGGGCGUGGUGGCGCCGGCGGGGGGCGCGGGGGCGGGGGCGGGGGCGCACGUGCUGGCGCGGCACGGCAAGUCGCGCCACGUGGCGGCGUGGCGGCUGCGCGCGCUGGCCGACAGCAACGCCAACCUGGCGGCCGCGGGGCCGGCGCGGGGCGCGGAGGGCUGGGUGCUGCCGCCGGGCGGGCUGGCCGGGCCCGCCGGGCUCGCCGGACGGUACAUCGUCGUCGAGGGAAUCUAGUGCUGCUGCCACAACAUUAUGUGUGUACCAACUGUUCCCGAGAGCUGUUCACAUUGAACAGUGGGAUAUGAUCUCCAGACUCCUCGGAGGAACAACCAGGGUGUCAGUUCAUAGGUACGCGAAAGAGUAAAUAAAACCAUACUCAUAUCAGAAAUGAGUAGAGGGUAGGUUACCUAGACCCGAGUCCGCGUGGUUCUUUGUAAUUACAUCUGUGUAUUAUUAUUAUUAUUACUUACUAGUAGGAAUGUUGCUUUUUGUUAAGUUUAAGUGUUGUUAUUUAUAAAAUUGGGAUGUUGUCUAUGAUAUUUAUAUUGGAAUGUUAUCGUUAGGUAAAUCAUAUUAUAAAUAAAAUGUAUCUAUAGAACGUUAUUUAUUUAGGUUUAAUGACAAGAUAUUUUUUUUACUGGGAUUGAUAUUAUUAUAUUUGAAUUUAUAAAUAAAAUACUAAUCAUACCUAGCUACCUA